CAAAAACGUAAACACAAUCCCGUUUUGAGUAGUGUAAGCUGUAAGCAUCUUUAACUAUAGGCACAAGCAUGGGAUAUAGCUAUCUCACACCUAACAAGCCUUGUUUAUUUAAAAUUGCAAUUUUUCCCAUUUGUCUUUAAAUUUUCGUUAUUUUUCUAUCGUAAAUAAAUCUACAUUGCUAUGGGGAGUAAAAAACACAAAAAGCAUCACAAAUCAGAUAAGAAAGAUCUAUUAGAAGAUCGCCAGGAGAAACCUUUGAAGCUGGUACUGAAAGUGGGUGGAAGUGUUCAAUCACCAGUUCAUGCAUCCAGUUCAAACUCAUCUUCUGCUCAAAUACCUCGACCACCAGCAGAUGUUAAGCCAGUAUUCGAGGAGCCGAAAUCAGUUGAAAAAACUCCCAGUCACUCUCAUGAGAAGCAUAAAAAAUCUAAAAAAAAGAAAAAGAAGAAGUCCACUGACAAAGACAAAGAAAGGCAUGAACGGAAAAGAAAACAUCAUCACCACCACCAUCAUCAUCGAGAGCAUUCUCACGAUCGAAAGGAGAAGCGUCGAAAAGAGCAAGACCGUGUCCUGACUGAUACACAUGAGGACUCUUUACCAAUGCGGGUUGAUCCCCACCCGAUUAUGCCAGAAAAAGCACUUAGAGAUGCCAGAACUUGUACGUUAAAGAAAAAGGCUAUGAAAAGCCCUUUGCAAGUACUUUUGUAUUACCUGCUCAAGAAAUUACAACUGAAAGACCCCCAAGAAUUUUUUCAGUGGCCUGUUACAGAUGUCAUUGCACCAGGGUAUUCCAGUAUUAUAUCAAACCCUAUCGAUUUCAGCACCAUUAAUAGAAAAAUUGACAACCGGGAUUACAAAUCAGUUGCAGAGUUUAAAUCCGAUGUAAAGCUCAUGUGUGACAAUGCAAUGAUUUACAACCGUUCGGAUACAGUAUAUUUCAAGUCUGCAAAGAGAAUGUGGCACGCUGCACAGAAACUCAUGAAUAGGGAUCAGUUGACUAGCUUAAAGCGCACGUUCCCAUACAUGUUGGAUUUGAGUACAGAUGAACUGGGCUUUGACAUUAAUGAUGAAAAUGAAGAAUGUAUGCCUGGUACUGAAAUCACCUCUGAGCCAGGAAUUGUUGCUCAACCUGAAGCAAAGAAAUCUAAAGUCGCUCCAUGUUGGAGUAAUACUGAAGCUGAAGAUGAUGAUGAUGAUAUAAGUCCUGAAGAAAUUUUACAACAAGCACAGAAAGCAGCUAAGGCAGCAGCUGAUCGUUUAACUCUGAAGAGACCCAACUGCAAGUUUGGAUUCUUGCGCCAAAAUGAAAAUGGAACUACCACUCUCUCUAUAAUACAUCCAAAAGCAGGUGACAGGGAGAUGAAAGUGAACUUGGAAAUGUUAACUGGAAAAAUCACUCAAGGAACUGGUACAAUUGUUGGAUUUAAAGAGGAUUCGAAAAAUAUAAUUAAGCCUGUUCAUUAUACAAAUUAUGGACCCUAUAGCUCAUAUGCACCACACUAUGAUUCAACAUUUUCUAAUCUGAGUAAAGAGGAUUCAGAUCUUGUACUCUCAACUUAUGGGGAUGAUUUGGGUUUACAGUAUGCUGACAGCCUGACUAGUUUUGCCAGAGAUUCAGAUUAUGUGAUGAACAUGGUGGACAAUCUUUUGGAUACUUUGACGGGUGGAGAACAUUCCAGAACAGUUAAGAUAUUAGAAGAGAAAAGACUGAUGAGGGAAGAAGAGGCUGCUUUAACCAGGAAAGUACUCAAUGAAAAUGAAUUAAUAAAAACUUCACAUGAGCCUGAUAUAGAUUCACUGCAAACCCUGGAAGAUAUUGAUCUUGAGCUCUCACGCUUGGAGCAUAUUGAUGAAAACAAAAAAUUGGAGAAUACUGAAAGGAAUGAGCAGCGUAAGCAACUUUUGUAUUUGAGAAAAUCCAUCCAGCAGAAACUGGACAACACAACUCUGCUUCUGCACGAAUUGAAGAAAGCCCAGAAUGAGCGACUUAACGCAAACCCGCCGCCUCAUUUAGCUCUCAUCCGUACGCCCACUGCAGCCGAAAAUGAAUUAGCUGAGAAAGUUACUAAAAAGUUGAUUGAUGUGUCCUCUCAGCUUCCCCCAGAGGUAAUUGUGAGCGUCAAAGGCUUGAGAAAAGCAAUGGGAAUUACUUUUCAUCCUACUAAUUUCUCAGAAUCUGGCAAAGUUAGUAAUGCAGCAUCUGGGGACAAUGAGAAAUCUGCAGAUUUGGAUGAGGGGAUGCUUCACUCUGCUUCCCCAACUGAAAACAGGCUCCACCAUUCAGAUUUAGAACAUGAGCUUCACGAAUUUUUGCAAACAGGAUCCAAUUCAUAAGAUCAUCCUUUUCUUUGACUUAUUUAUUUCCACUGCAUAUUUGUGUACAGUUCCUAUCUGUCAGGACAAAUUCUCUCCCUUUUCAUUCUUCAAUUUCUUUUUUAAAUGUAUUUUGUAUAUAUAUAUUGUGAAAUAAAACAUUUUAUUGCAA